AUGGCUAUUAUUAAGAGAGUGGUACGGUCUAAAGCUGGCCAAGCUCCAGUAAAGAAAGGAGCUAAGAUCAAAAAAGCAUCGUAUGACUCGUCAAGGAAGAAAGAGGUCGGUGUUUCUGACUUGACAUUAUUAUCCAAGAUUUCUGAUGAAUCCAUCAAUGAUAACCUGAAGAAGAGGUUUGAGCAUGGUAUUAUCUACACUUAUAUUGGGUAUGUCCUGAUUAGUGUUAACCCCUUCAGGGACCUUGGGAUCUACACCGACGACACUAUGAAAUCCUAUCAAGGCAAGAAUAGGUUAGAAGCGCCUCCACAUGUAUUUGCUAUUGCUGAGAACAUGUACUAUAACCUAAAAUCAUACAAUGAAAACCAAUGUGUUAUUAUAUCUGGUGAAUCAGGGGCUGGUAAGACAGAAGCUGCUAAGAGAAUUAUGCAAUAUAUUGCAGCUACUUCUUCCACUCAUUCCGAAUCGAUCAGUAAGAUUAAAGAUAUGGUUUUAGCAACGAAUCCUCUUCUUGAAUCUUUUGGUUGUGCUAAGACGUUGAGAAACAACAAUUCGUCUAGGCACGGUAAAUAUUUAGAGAUUAAAUUUGAUGCACAUUUCCAGCCAUGUGCCGGACAUAUUACAAACUACCUAUUAGAGAAACAAAGGGUUGUUGGUCAAAUCAAGAAUGAAAGAAAUUUUCAUAUUUUUUAUCAAUUUACAAAGGGAGCACCCGAAGAGUAUAGGCAACUUUUCGGUGUUCAACAACCAGAGCAGUAUAUUUACACAUCGGCAUCGCAAUGUACUGCUGUCGAAAAUAUGGAUGAUGUAGAAGAAUUUAAUGAAACUUUAAACGCUAUGAGAACGAUUGGUCUUACGAAAUCGGAACAAGAUCAAAUAUUUAGAGCUUUAGCAGCAAUUUUGUGGAUCGGUAAUAUCUCGUUUGUAGAAAACGAGGCAGGUAAUGCAGAGAUACGUGAUAAAUCGGUUACAACAUUUGUUGCAUAUUUAUUAGAAGUUCAGGAAGAGUUGUUGAUAAAAGCUUUAAUCGAAAGGAUUAUUGAAACAACACACGGUGCUAAGAGAGGCUCUACCUAUCAUUCCCCAUUGAAUAUCAUUCAAGCUACAGCUGUAAGAGAUGCUUUGGCAAAGGCUAUAUAUAAUAAUCUCUUUGAGUGGAUCGUAGAAAGGGUGAAUAACUCUCUUCAGGCCUUUCCUGGUGCUGAUAAGUCUAUCGGCAUUCUAGAUAUUUAUGGGUUUGAAAUAUUUGAGCAUAACUCCUUUGAACAGAUAUGUAUCAAUUAUGUCAAUGAGAAGCUACAGCAGAUUUUUAUUCAAUUGACACUGAAAAGUGAACAAGACACAUACAAAAAAGAACAAAUUCAUUGGACACCUAUUGAGUAUUUCGAUAAUAAAAUUGUUUGUGAUCUGAUUGAGGCAAAAAGGCCGCCAGGGAUAUUUGCUGCUAUGAAUGAUGCAAUUGCUACGGCUCAUGCAGAUUCUGAUGCAGCAGAUCAGGCUUUUGCACAAAGACUGAAUCUCUUUACUACAAAUCCACAUUUUGAGUUAAGACAAAACAAAUUUGUGGUUAAACACUACGCGGGAGAUGUCACAUACGACAUCUUUGGCAUUACAGACAAAAAUAAGGAUCAGUUACAAAAAGACUUAGUUGAAUUAUUGUCAACCACCUCAAACUCGUUUGUGAGGGAAAUCUUUCCGGAUCAGCCUCAAACAGAUUCUAGGAGACGUCCACCAACUUCGGGAGAUAAAAUAAUCAAAAGUGCCAAUGAGCUUGUUGAAACUUUGUCAAAAGCACAACCAUCAUACAUCAGAACUAUUAAACCUAAUGAUACUAAAUCUUCGACAAUCUAUGAUGAUCAACGGGUAUUGCAUCAAAUAAAGUAUUUAGGAUUAAAAGAAAAUGUUAGAAUAAGAAGAGCCGGUUUUGCACAUAGACAAGUGUUUGAAAAGUUUGUUGAGAGGUUCUAUUUGCUUUCUCCUCAAUGCUCAUAUGCUGGAGAUUAUGUUUGGGAUGGUGAAACCCUGGAUGCAGUAAAAUUAAUUCUUCAAGAUGCUUCUAUCCCAACAACUGAAUAUGAAAUUGGUGUAACACAAAUUUUUAUUAAGCAUCCAGAAACUCUCUUUGCUUUAGAGAAUAUGAGGGACAAGUAUUGGUACAAUAUGGCAGCCAGAAUUCAGCGAGCAUGGAGAAGAUAUCUACAAAAAAGGAUUGAUGCAGCAAUUAGAAUUCAGAAUGCAAUUAGAGGAAAAUCGGGUGUUAGCACGUUCCGUAAUGACGAAUUACGCAAUGCUGGUGAUAAGGUUUAUGGCGGCAAGAAGGAAAGAAGAAACAUGUCUUUGUUAGGAUUGAGGGGUUUUUAUGGUGAUUAUUUGUCGUGUAACGAAUCGAAAACUAGGGGCUCAUACAUCAAACGUCAGGCCAAUAUCACAGAAAGAGUACUAUUCUCUUCACAUGGUAAUUCCUUACAUGCAAUGUAUGGGGGAGCAUCACAACGGCUAAGAAAGACCUUCAUCCUCACACCUACAUCACUCUGGAUAGUUGGGCAUACCAAAGCCCGUAAUGCAAUGAAGUAUAUUACGGACUACAGAAUUGACCUGGGUAAGAUUAGAUCGAUUAGUGUGACAAAUUUACAGGAUGAUUGGAUGGCUGUAAAUUUGAUGGAUUCGCCAAAACCAGAUCCAUUAAUCAAUCUGCCAUUUAAAACGGAGCUUAUUACGCGUUUAACACAAUUGAAUCCACGUAUCCAUGUUAAAGUUUCAUCUACUAUUGAAUAUUUGAGGGGGCCUAAGAAACUUUUUGUCGUGAAAAGCCAAUACAGCGAUUCUGCUCCAAAAUACCAUGAUUUGUAUAGAAAUGGGACAAUUUUAGUCCGCCAUGGUAACCCACCCGACUCUACUGCAGAAAACAGACCUGCUUUCAAUAAUGAAGAUAUGUACGGAAACUUAAUGGAAGCAAAACACAAAACAAUGAAAAAGAAGGUGGGAACUAAGAGAACACCUCAAGCCCUGCCAACAUCUUCGUUGGCCGCUUCUGCUGCUCAAGCAGCAUACCAUCCUAAAGGUAUUAGGUCACCUACAUCUACUGAACAAAAAUCUCCUAGUAAAUCUAAGCCCAUAACAAAAACUCGUAAACCUCCUGUAAGCUCACCUGUCAGAAACACCAGUAAGACUAUUUCAAACUCAAAAGUUUAUAGCGCUCCAAAGGCUAGUGUGACUAAACGGACACAGGAUACAGUUUCUGUCUCCAAAACAAGUGUCAAAGAUGAUGUAACCCAAGAAAAGAAUGCGAUUAUUCAAACUGAGGAGAAGCAAAACUAUAGUUUACCAGAAAACAUACCCCAAAGCAGUCAAACUGAUAGUUAUCAAGCCGCUUAUGACUUUCCUGGUUCUGGUAACCCAUCAGAACUGCCCUUACAAAAGGGGGACAUAAUUUACGUGUCUAAAAGUGAUCCUAGUGGAUGGUCUUUGGCAAGUACGUUAGAUAACUCAAAGGAAGGCUGGGUUCCAACAUCCUACAUUGUCAAAUAUAAUGGAAAUGUGACAGAUCCAUCUGCUCAGCAUCAAGAUAUGAAUACAAUGAAAAUACAGGAAGAUAACACCACUUCCAUUAAUGAACCAGAGACACACACCAACCAGGGGCCAUCAAAUACUGAUCUUGGUGCUAAUUUGGCUUCUGUAUUGGCUGCAAGGGCCAAUAAGCUAAGAUCGGAAAGUGAAGAGGAUAUUUCUCGCGAAGAGGAUGAUGAUGACGAUUGGUAA